AGAUGGGUUAAAAGUCUGAGUAGAAGAGUGGGAAAAUAACCAGGCAAACGUUGUGGUGAUCAAUGCAGCAACAUUCGGAGUUUGACAGCUUACAGAGCCUACUGAUCGUAUACAAAAUCAGUGGAUACUUGGCGAUGACAAACACGCCCGGGCUGAUUGAGCACGUCUGCCUUCCUCCGAGAGCAGUUCACCCCCUGUUUACCGGAGCAAAAGUGGGGUGGAGCUACUCAAAGUUGGCUUCUGCAUAGUCGGCUCCCGGGCUCCAGCUGCGCGGUCGAUCGACGCGGAUUUCUGUUUUUUUACUGUCUCGACAGUUGUUGACAUGUCUCUUCUUGAACAGUCGUUAGACGAGAUUAUUAACAGUGGGCCAGGCGGUCAGCGGAAGAGCCACAGCAAGUCCCGUCAGAGGCCUCAUAGAGGCGUCUCCAAGGCACGUGGAAUGCCAGCCAGGGGCAGCAGAAGACCGUACAGACCGUCGGUUCCUCUUCCACGCAGCAAGGAAGCGGAGGAACUCAGCGGCGGACGACCAUAUUUACGCGUGUCGAACCUGCACCCGGAACUAACCGAGAAGGACUUAGAAGGCCUUUUUUCGAGCAUCGGAAGUCUGCUUUUCACCAAAAUAGAAUACAACACCAGAGGCGAGUCUACGGGAGUUGCUUUCGUUGGGUACCAAAACCCUGCCGACUGCGAGGUGGCCAUAGAAAGAUUCGACGGACGCAGAGCUGCCGGGCAGAUUAUCAGCGUGGAGAACGCGAUUCCGCUCUCACAGCGGAUCAGCGUGUCCAAAAAAGGAAAGAAGGCAAGAAGUCGCGAAAGAGAGCCGAAACCGCGUCGCAAGACCGUCGAAGAACUGGACGCAGAGCUGAACAGUUACAUGGGCGUCCCAGAGACAGAACAGCCGCGUGAGAUGAGUGAGACCGGAGACAGCAAUCCCGCGUUUGCCGCUACAGACAUGAUGGUCGAAUAAGCAAGUAGAGGUGUAUGUGAUCAAUUAAUGAAAACUGGUAAUCUUACAACUGUUCAGUGUCCACCAGCACCCAAUUCGACGGCAGGUGGGCAGCCAAGAGCGCCCUUGAUGGAGCCGUAGAGAGCAAACUGAAGAGACGUCAAGGUACCGACCAUGACCAAUCUGGUGGAGAGACCGGUGAAAGAACCUCUAACACCCAACUCGCGGGCCAACUGGGCCAACAAACCAACGGUAGACUGUCCUGGGGCCUUCUUGGUCUUGUUGACCUUGGACAGCAAAGUGUCGGCUGGCUGAGAGACAACUGCGGCCAUACAUCCGGCAAUAACACCAGCACCGAGGUUGAUACCAGUGACAGCAGUGGAAGACAGUUGGUCCUUUGGAGUGGUGACGAAAGAGUAGAUGGCCUGGGAGGCUCUCUCGUAUGUCAAGAACUUAGCAAUGUUGUAAGGAAUCUGCUUGAACAGAAUUGGAGUGAAACCGUUGUAGAAAGAGCCAACACCCUCUUCUCUCAGAAUUCUGGCGAAACCGCCAAUCAGACCGUUGGCGAAGGUUGGCUGCGAAACAAGUCUAAUUCUGGUAGCCUCCAAUGGACACAGAGCAAUGUCGGCAAAGAACUCAGCAAUGGCAGCGGAACCGAUGUAGAUCGCGUCUUUGUACUGGACGGCGGUCUGGUAGCCGAGAGAGUCGAUGAAAGUUUUCUUGAAAAGUUCGUAACCACCGAAUUUGAAGGCACCUUGCAGGGAGUAACCCAGAACAGUUGGACCUAGACCGGUCAACAGAGCGCCGGCACCCUCGUUGGCAACAACCUUCUUGAAAGAACCAAUCAUACCGGUGUUGUAGACGGUAGGCUCAAGCUGGAUUCUGGUCUUGACAACGUCGAUAGGGGUCAUCGAUCCGUGGGUAACACCGCAGCCGAUGGCACCAGCAAGAGCGAAUUUAGCGUAGUCACUGACAGUGUAGUUAGGAGUCUGGUAGGUAGAAGCCAUCGUG